AUGAAACGUUGGAUAUUUGGGCUGCUGCUCUGCAAGGUCGUUCCUCCAUGCCAAGGCAUAUCUGUUCUGAUCUCUUCCUGGUGCUUGUGCUACAUAGCUAUUGAUCGGUAUCGAAGUAUUGUGACACCGUUGAAAGAGCCAUGGAAGCUGCAGCACGCACAGCGUGUGCUGAUUGGGACGUGGUUAGUGGCAAUCUUCGCAUCUUCUCCUCUCUACUUCUCUCAAUCACUCAAAACACUCACUAUGGCUAACAUCACGCUAUGCGGAGAGGUUGGUUAUUUGUGGAUCUUUGCUCAGCUCAUCAUAUAG